AGUGAGGAUAAUUUAUUUUACCCUGCAAGGAUAUCGACCGACAAACGCGGCGCAGCCUUCAGUCUGCCCAGUCGUACACAGCUCACAACCCGCGGAUUUACAAUCAACAAUUGACACAUACACCUGCCCGGGAAACAUUUAUCUCAUAUCUGUAUACUUCCUUAAUGAGUUGUUUCAAAUGCAUGUGAACCGCCUCCGGAGGACCGGGUUGUGCAUAGUCAGGUCUGCAACAGCUGAUUCUGGUGGUGGUAUGUGUCUCCAAACAUGGUCUAGCUAAAGUUUCUGAAGAAGCAGCAGCCCGCUUGCACUGAGUCAGGAUGUCCAGUAGCUCGGGCUACCCCCCCAGCCAGGGGAGCUUCAGCAGCGAGCAGGGCCGGUACCCGCAGCAUUCUGUCCAGUACACGUUCUCCGGCUCACGGCACCAACAGGAUUUCACCGUCCCUGACUAUCGGACUCAUAUGCAAGAUGCACAGGGUCGGAGGAGACCCUCUUUACUGUCUGAAUUCCACCCUGGAACUGAAAGGCCUCCAGAGAGGCGCCAUGGUUACGAACAGCAGUUUCACUCCAUGUCAGCCCAGUCAGAGCAUGACUCCUUGGAUGCUAAACGCCCUCGCAUGGAGACUGUUGUUGAGGGCCACAUCAGUCGCGCACCUCCCACUGCUGGGGGUGUAGUCCUGCCCAUGACCCACUCAGUACAGGACGGUCUGAGAAACGCUGCCGAAGUCAAAAAGGAAUCUCAGUUCUCUGUCAAAGAGGAGUCCCGGUCUUCAGGAGGACAUCCUCUACACAUGGGCGAUGAUCAGGAUGCGUCUCCUUCCAAACUAUCCAAAGAGGAGCUGAUCCAGAGUAUGGACCGUGUGGACAGAGAGAUUGCGAAGGUGGAACAGCAGAUUUUCAAGCUGAAGAAAAAGCAGCAACAACUUGAGGAGGAAGCAGCAAAGCCAGUAGAGCCAGAGAAGCCAGUGACCCCUCCCCCAGUGGAGCACAAGCAUCGCAGCAUAGUCCAAAUCAUCUACGACGAGAACAGGAAAAAAGCUGAAGAGGCCCAUAAAGUACUGGAAGGUCUUGGUCCUAAGGUUGAGCUGCCUCUCUACAAUCAGCCAUCAGACACAAAGGUGUACCAUGACAACAUCAAGACCAACCAAGUCAUGCGGAAGAAGCUGAUUUUGUUUUUUAAGAGGAGGAACCAUGCGCGUAAACAAAGGGAACAGAAUAUAUGCCAGCGCUACGACCAGCUGAUGGAAGCAUGGGAGAAGAAGGUUGAGCGAAUGGAGAACAACCCCAGACGCAAAGCCAAGGACAGCAGAACACGGGAGUACUAUGAAAGGCAAUUCCCUGAAAUCCGCAAGCAGAGAGAGCAGCAGGAACGCUUCCAGAGGGUUGGGCAAAGAGGAACGGGCCUUUCUGCAACAAUUGCCAGAAGCGAGCAUGAGAUCUCUGAAAUCAUUGAUGGCCUUUCUGAACAGGAGAACAACGAGAAACAGAUGAGACAACUGUCCGUUAUUCCUCCCAUGAUGUACGACUCGGAGCAGAGGCGAGUGAAGUUCAUUAACAUGAACGGCCUGAUGGACGACCCCAUGAAAGUUUACAAAGCCCGGCAGUUCAUGAAUGUUUGGACCGAACACGAAAAGGAGAUCUUUAAGGAGAAAUUUGUCCAACACCCCAAGAACUUUGGCCUGAUUGCCUCCUACCUGGAGAGAAAGUGUGUGGCUGACUGUGUCCUUUACUACUAUUUGACCAAGAAGAACCACAACUACAAGACGCUGGUGAGGCGAAACUAUGGAAGACGGAGAGGAAGGAACCAGCAAAUAACGCGUCCCUCACAAGAAGAAAAGUCUGACGAAAAAAACGAAGAGGAGAAAACUGAGAAAUCAGAGAAAAAAGAGGACGAGGAAAAGAAGGACGAGGAAGAGAAAGAUGAUAAGGAAGAUCCUAGGGACAUUGGCAAGGACAAAGAAAAGUGUGACGGUGGGGAGGACGAGGACGGAAAGGAGCAGAACACGCCGCGUGGCAGGAAGACUGCCAACAGCCAGGGCCGACGUAAGGGAAGGAUCACCACACGCUCCAUGGCCAAUGAGGCCGCAACUGUGGCGGCUGAGGAGGGUGCUCCCGCCGCCCCUGAGCCCGCCUUGCCAGAUCCUCCACAGCCCCCCAAGUCUGAUCCAAUGCAAAAGUCCAUGAAGGAGCCUGCCAAACCCCAGACUCCAGUAUCUUCCAUGGAUACCAAUAAAGCCGGUGAAACCGGAGAAUCUUCUCGCUGGACCGAGGAGGAGAUGGAAGUCGCCAAGAAAGGGCUUGUUGAGCAUGGGCGAAACUGGACAGCCAUUGCCAAAAUGGUGGGCACCAAAAGCGAGGCACAGUGCAAGAAUUUCUAUUUCAACUACAAGAGACGUCACAACCUGGACAACCUGCUCCAGCAGCAUAAGCAGGACACACGGCGGGCACGUGCUGAUCGGUCUCACGGUGAAGGUCUUGCCUCGGCAUCACCUGAUGAUGACGACGAUGAUGACAAUGCAGAUGACAGUGACGGUGGCGACAACAGCUCUGAUACAGAGAGUGCGCCGUCACCCUCUCAGUCUGGCGACUCCAAGAGGGCCGACAGCACUCCAAGAGAUGCUCAUUGCUCUGACCAGGACAAAGGUCAAACCAGUAAUGGAAAGGCCCCGGAGCCUUUAUACAGAGGGCUCUGUGUCAAGGAAGAGAAAAGCCCAGAGAGUGAGACAGGAUCGCAGGAAGAAAAGGGCAGGAUGGCUUCCUAUGCAGCCCCAGUGCAUCCCAAGACUGAACCUCAGGAUGUUGACUUGAAGACUGGAGAGGUUCAGAUCAAGAUGGAGCCUGACAUCAAGGAAAGAGGCGAAAAGGGAGAUCAUGGUGAAAGGAACAGUGAACUCCACUCAGAUAAUGACUCCAGCGCCACCUGCAGUGCUGACGAGGAUGUGGAAGCAGAGUCCGAAAGACAGAGAAUAUUCUCCAUGGACAAGCCUACAUUGCUCAACCCUCCAGGCUCUGUGUUGGUGUCUUCACCCAAGCAAACCCAACUCAACAUUCAGCAGAUGCAGCAGCGGGCUGCCAACAUCCCCCCUAUGGUGCCGGGCCCUUUCGGCCCCGGUGGUGUGCCAAUCAGUGGCUUUGCCAUGUUGCAACACCAGAUCAAAGCCGUGCACGAGUCAGCACACCAAGAGGAGAAGCAGAGGCAGGAUCAGGGAGACCCGGAGCGCAGAGCGCCCUUCAACACACGCAGCCCCAGCGUGAUAGACAGAGAUGGUAAGGCCUUACCCUACAUGCCUUAUGAUAUGAAGCUCUCUCUGGACCAGGAGGUCCACUCUUGUCGACCAGGCUCUCCCUACAGACUCUCCCCCAGGGAGCUGAGCAAGGCCUCACCGCAGCCAGACCCCAAUUCCUCCCGCUACAGUGUGCCGCCAGUCCUCCACCCUGCCGCUAACCAGCUGGUGCAGAGUAUGACAGAUGGAGUCCGCGUGACAUUCAGCAGACCCAGUCGACCUCCCAACAUUCCCUCCCCGCCUCCUCUCAUUCCAACCACCAAGCCCACGGACAAGCCCUCCUUUAUCCAGGGUGGCUCCAUCUCACAGGGAACUCCUGGCACAUACCUGACGUCCCAUUCUGUAUAUGGUCCAGAGGGGACUAAGAGCACAGUGGGCUCCAUCUCUCUGGGUCUGCCUCGGCAGCAGGAUCCUAACAAGCCCGGAGGUGCCGUUUCAUCCAUGCAAGACGGCAGAGGCAACCCAUCAAAGAUGGGCGAGGGUCUGACGAUGAGAGGAUCCAUUACUCAGGGCACACCGGCCCAUUCACAGCCCAGCAUUGCUGCUGACCUCUUGAAGGGCACUAUCACAAAGUUGACCACAGAGGACCUGAACAACCCAGACAAGUCAAGGGGAGAACAGCUCUCUAAAGGUCAUGUCAUCUACGAAGGCAAGAGUGGUCACAUACUCUCGUAUGAUGCUAUCAAAAACCCCAGGGAAAACACCCGCAGCCCCAGAGCAGGCCAUGAGCUGAAACGUACCUACGACAUGAUGGAGGGACCAAUGGGCAGGGGACACCCAGGCAGGGAAGGAGCACCAUUUGAAGGGUUGAUCAGCAGAGCCUUGCCAAGAGAAGGUCCACAUGGAGAGCCUAAGGAAAGACCAUUGAUCACAGGAUCUAUCAUGCAAGGCACACCUAGAACAGCCGCGGAGACAUAUGAAGAUGCCAUGAAAUAUGGGAAACAGAUAAAGCGAGAGAGCCCACCGAUCCGCUCCUUUGAAGGGGGCAUCGGAAAGGGAAAGCCCUAUGAGGGAGUCAAUACUAUCAAAGAGAUGGGACGCUCCAUUCACGAAAUCCCCAGACAAGAUCAGCCGGGACAGGACCUCUGCAAGACCCCUGACCUGUCGGAAAGGAGAGUUAUAGAGGGCUCCAUGUCUCAGAUUCACCCUCUCAACCAGUCUACUAUUAAGCACAACGUUAAGUCCCUAAUCACCAGUCCGUCUAAGCUUCCCCACAAUAUGCCCCAGCUUGAGGCCAUGGAACGCGCCAAGUACGAGGAGGGAAAGGCAGUUCGCCACACCGUGGUCAACUCCACCGGUUCUGUUCUGCGCUCCACUCAUCAGGAGGCCAGCAAAUCCCAACUUAGCCCCAGCAUGUAUGAGGACGCUAAUGCUCGCAGGACCCCCCUCAAUUACAGCACCAAUCCUGUGUCCAGAGGGUCACCCAUGUUGGGACGUGGGCCAGAGGGUGUUUUAAGCUCUGUGAAACCUGCUGCUCAUGAAAGAAAAAGUACAAUCACACCAACACAGAGAGACAAUGUCCCAGCAAAGUCUCCAGUGUUGGGUGGUGACCCUCAUCCAGGAUCCUCCCACAGCCCUUUCGACCCCCACCACCGGCCCGUCGGUCCAGGGGAAGUAUACAGACCCCACCUGCCUCCACAUCUCGACCCUGCCAUGGCUAUGACGCUCCACAGAGGGCUAGAUCCUGCGUUCAUGUUCCCCAGGCAGCAGUCUCCAACAGGCUACCACAACACCUACCAGCUGUACACCAUGGAGAACACACGGCAGACGAUCCUCAAUGAUUAUAUCACCUCCCAGCAGAUGCAAGUCAUCCGACCUGACAUGGCCAGAGGGUUGUCACCACGGGAACAGCCUGGCGCUAUCCCUUACGCAGCCGGGGCUCGAGGGAUUAUUGAUCUAGCCCAGAUGCCUCCAACUAUCCUGUUGCCUCACCCUGGGGGAACAGGUGCGCCCACUUUGGAACGCAUCGCCUACCUCCCCGGUGCUCAGCCCCCUUUCCCUCCUAGGGCUUUCAACCCAACCUCCAUAUCGCCAGGCCACCAAGCCCACCUUGCUGCUGCUGCCAAUGUGGAAAGGGAACGGGAGCAGCGGGAUUGGGAGCAGAGGGACAGGGAGCAGCAGGAUAAAGAAAGAGAAAAGGAAAGGGAAAGAGAGCACCGAGAGAGGGAACGGGAAAUGCGGGAGAGAACCAAUGAAUACCUCCGUGGAGGUGGACCAGAGCAGCCAGGACGGCCAGGAAGUCGAGGUUACCUUCACUCCCCUUCUCCCUCGCUCAGGACGCAGGAUGUUGUGGUUCAGCAGCGACCUAGCAUCUUCCAGGGCAAGAGUGUCAUCACUGCUCUAAUACCCCAUUCAGCAGCAGCGUCUGCAGCAGCACAGAGUAGCUCGCGCUACAGUACUGCGGCUGAUGCUCUGGCUGCUCUGGUGGACGCCGCUGCCGCUGCCCCACAGAUGGAUGUGGCCAAGGUGAAGGAGAGCAAACACGAACGGGAUGACAACAUGUCUUCGUCGACUGCGUCUCGGCGAGCGGCUAGCCUCUCCGAACAGCAACAGCAGCAGCAGCAGCAACAACAACAACAACAACAGCAGGAGGCAGAGAGGCGAUCUAUGCAGUCUCCAUAUGGCGUCAUGUCUCUGCCAGGGGGUAAACCCCAUCCAGUUUACUCUGAGGCCCCUGGAGUUGGGAAUAAGGACAAGGGCCCUCAAACCUCAAAGUCCCGCAUCGAGGAGGAGCUUCGGACACGUGGAAAGACGACCAUCACAGCCGCUAACUUCAUAGAUGUCAUCAUCACACGGCAGAUAGCCUCAGACAAGGACUCACGAGAGCGAGGCUCUCAGAGUUCUGACUCCUCAAGCAGCUUGUCAUCCAGUCGAUACGAAAACCCUGGCGGAGGAGCCAUUGAGGUGAUAAGCCCUGCUAGCUCCCCAGUCCAGCCUCAACAGGAAAAAUCCGAGGAAGGGCAACAAAAGGCAGCAAGUAUGAACACACCAACUCCGUUUGAGCAUAUGAUAUUUUCGACUGGCAUGCGGGGAUACGAUAUGAGUCGUUACCGGUCGUCGGGGGAGCCACCCCAGCCCCCGUCCUCCCAGAUUGAGGGCUACUCCCAGGUUACCAAGACUCACAGGGUCAUGACCUUGGCAGACCACAUUUCGCAUAUUAUAACCCAGGACUUCGCCCGGAAUCAGGACCCUCCUCCUGUCUCCUCAUCUUCGGCCCCAUUCCAGAGCACGGCACCACACGUUUCCUCUUCAGGGCGAUCCAAGAUGCCCAGCCGCUACAGUCCUGAAAAUCAAGUCUCAGCUGCACACCACCAGAGACCUUCCAGCAGAGUUUCCCCAGAAAAUGCCUCUGACAAGCUUAGAUCGAGGCCGGGUAAAUCUCCAGAGCGUGGUGUCAGGCAGAUGGAGCAUUAUGAACCCAUCUCUCCACCACAGAGCUACCAAGGCAUGGACAAACCGGAGACGACCGGGCCUCCUCCGCAGAGGAGAGAGGCCGAGAACCCUGAGAUCAGGAAUGACUCGCGGUCCCCAGGGAGCGGCAGCUAUCUGCCUGCCUUCUUCACCAAGCUGGAGAACACUUCGCCAAUGGUUAAAUCAAAGAAGCAGGAGAUCUUUCGUAAGUUGAACUCCAACUCUGGUGUUGGUGAUUCUGAUGUUGGAAACGCACAACCGGGCACAGAGAUUUUCAACUUGCCUGCAGUUACCAGCUCAAGCAGCAUCAACCCCAGGAGUCACUCAUUUAGUGACCCGGCCAGUAACCUGGGCCUGGAGGACAUCAUCCGCAAAGCCUUGAUGGGUAACUUGGAGGAGAGACAGGAGGAGCACCAGGGAGGAGUAGGGGCUCACGGGGCCUUGAGCAACACACCCGGCCAAGGCAGCGACACACGCCAGGAGGCCAACCCGUCACCCAGCAUGGCCACAGGGAAGCAGAAGCACAGCAAAGCCAGCACCCGGAAAUCCAAGUCCCCUAACCUUGGUCAGGCCUACGCCGGAGGGGAGCGUCCGUCUUCUGUGUCCUCCGUCCACUCAGAGGGAGAUUAUCACAGACAAGCCCAACCCCAAUGGGGCUGGGACGAUCGACCUUCGUCCACAGGAUCCAUGCAGUUUCCUUACAACCCGCUGACCAUGCGCAUACUGAGCAGCACGCCACCCACCUCCAUGGCUUCCCCCUCCAUGCAGCAGCAUCAACAUCAACUACAGCACCACAACCAGCAGCAGCAGCAACAGCAGCAGCAGCAGCAGCAGCAGCAGCAACAACAACAACAACAGCUGCAGCCGCCUCCAGCUGGAGCCCCGGUGGCCCAGCAGCGUGUGUGGUCUUUGCUAUCAGAGCAAUACGAGACCCUGUCUGACAGCGACGACUGAGCCCUCCUCAAUACAGCUCCAAAAACCAGAAGAGAGGCCUGCGCCAAGGCUCAUCUUUUCACCUCCCCCUCCCCAACCCCAUACCAUAUCUCCCAGAACUAUCCUCAAUGGUGACAGUGUCCUUUUUAUUUUUGGUGCUAUGGCACCCACUGGUUGUUAGCCAGAGUGUUCAAGCAACAUUCUCUGACGGGAGGCUCUCCAGAGCAAAACUGGCUUUGUUCUGAAGGCACUCACCCAGCCUGUAAUAAACAAGACGCGAAGGGGAUAUCAUGAGCUAAGGGGAUGAGCUAUAGUAAAGAGGAGGAGCUUAAAAUGAGAGACUAUUUCCUAAUUUUGGAGAUUUCUGUAAAGAUGUACCUUGUCUUUAAGAAAACCAUUGUAUGUAAAUAGAGUAACCUUUUGCAGUGUUUUUCUUAACUUGAAGAUUUCUUAUUUUAAUGUUGCUUUUAAAUUGAUCCACUUUAAUUGGGAAGAAUGAGGGUGUAUUCUUAAGUAUCAAAGUUGGUCUCUCCCAGUCCACCCCAACCCCACAACCUGACAGCCACUCUAAUAUUUUUACAAUAGCGACGCCAAGAGAGAUCGGACACUUGAUUUGUCCUUGACCACGAGUGGAGCACAGUGACACCAUGCCAUUUCUGUGCCACCAGACCACCAGAGUGUGAACAUGUGCACAUUCGAGGAUGGAAACGCAACACAGACUAGAAUUUCAAACGGCAACGAUAUUCGAUGACCAUCUACGUCACGCAGUGGAGAUGAUGCAUGGAAUGUAACUAUCGGAUGGUAGCGGUAACUUCUCGGGCCGUUCUAGACGGAGACGGGUCUUCAAAACAAGUUGAGAACACUGGUGUCAUAGCAGAAAGAUGAAAAGUCUUAUAUAAGCUUAAUCUUACCGGAAAAUAUAUUCUAAUUUCUACUUCUGAACCCCGUCUGAACAAUGAAAGUGAGCCAAUGUUUUUUCUUUUCAAUAGAGCUGUCCAUGGAGUGUCACAUGUCUCUCGACAGUUUCCAACCUGUCCAGAAUGAUCUGCUCUGCAAUGUUGUCAUGGUGAAAUAAAAUACUAUGUCAGGUUUUGCUAUGCCUUGUGACUUGAGAAAAAGGCAGCUUUAACUAAUUUUCUCAGAUAUUCGUUUGUGUCUGGUGUAUGUAUUUGUUUCUGUAGUCCUUCCCUUUGUUCCCUUUUUUCUUUUUGAUACUGUCCUGACAAAUCUGAACUCUGUAAGUUUUUUUUCAUCACACAAAAACAAAACUAACCAAACAAAGAAUGGGCUGCACCAUUGUUGCACUUUUUUUGCUUUGUAGCUUGCGACAAAAGAAGCAUACUACCUGCUGUGUAACUUAUUCGACCUCCAGCAUAGGAGUAUACUAAGCUGUGCUUGAUCUUUCCCAACACUCACAGAAAUCUGGAUGUUUUGUACCUGUCUUGUACCUGGUACAUGAUUCUGCAGGGUUGAGACUUGCAUCAUAGUUAUCAAUUUUAAGUGUAUGGUACUGUUAAAUGUUUAAGAGUUUCCUGCCAUGGGGAUUCAUGUCAGUGAAUGUCGGCUUAAUCGCAGCUUUCAUUGUGUCAAUCACAUGGCAUAAGGUGCUCAGUAUGAAUUAUUAUAGGUCAACUUCAUAAAUGGUAGUAAUGUUCUUUUUAAAGUGUGCGAAGAACAUGCCACACUUGGGCUCUCAGCUUUCACUUUUCUCAGUUAACAACCCGUUCUGCUUCAAACUAGAUAUUUCCUUUAUUUUCAUUUUGCAUCAUUGUUAGAUUUUUAAUUUUCUGUCAUUUGCAGCAUCUUUGUAAUUAAUCCUGUUUACACCGGAUGGUAUGUGUUUACAAAGGCAAUGACAAAAAAAGUUUACAGACUUGAAUCUUAAAGCAAUCUGACAUGAAGCUGAAAAAGAAUUGGAGCGCUUUUUCAGCUCUAUCCAACACACGGUAACUUUUUUUGUUAUUUCUUUUUGCAAUUGAGGCUUGAAAACCCGUGUAUCUUAUGAUGUUGAAAUGCAAUGUUUGUAUCGCACAAUGUCUCUUAGGCUAUUACAAGAGUUCAGACCAAUCAAAUAAAGUGGAUCAGUUCUCCACCACUGAAAA